AUGCUUUUUGCUUUAAUGAAGCCACACAUGAAGAAAGAAAUCAAGAGAUUAGAGACAGAAAUAACUAAAAAGAAUGGUGAAUUAGGGACAAUUCAGACAAGUAAAGAAACUGAAACUAACGACUUGAACGAGCAAAUUACUUCUCUCAAGGAAGACCACGAACGAGAAACCACUCUGCUCAACGAAAAAAUAACCGAGUUAGAAAAAUUAGGAAAACAAGUUGAGGAACAAAAUACUACAAUUACUUCCUUAAAAAAGCACUUAACUGACGAACGAAAAGACCACAAAAUAACAAAAGACGAAAGAGACAAAUUCCAAACAGGAUAUAAUAACGGCGAGAAUACUGUGAAUUAUCUUAUUAAUGACCGAGACAAUAAAAAAAUACAACUAUUACAAAAAGAAGCCGAAUUGACCCGAGCAACAACUGAGAAGGAAACCUUGGAAACUAGUCUAGCCGAAAGAACCCGACAAUUAAACGAAAAGCAAGCGAUAAUAGAUAAUUUGAAUGAGGAAGUUAAUCGCCAAAAAGUAGCCCGAGAGGAAACUGAAACUGACCGAGAUAACUCCCAAGCUAAAUUAGCCACAGCCAUAGCCGAGCAUAAUGCGAAUACCGCUAAAAACCAAUCAGCCCAAGCCUUAAUUGACGAACAAACCGCUCACAAAGCAACCAACGACCAACUGACAACUGCCAAUGAUGCCAAAACAGAGGCAGAAACCCAACUAAACGAUUAUCAAAAUAAAUUAGAAGACGAACAAUUAGGAGGAGUUUUUUGCUUAAAUAAGGAAAAGCAUGCGGAAAGAAACAAAGAUAUUGAAA